UCCACUAAACCUUAUGAUUGGACAUCAUUUCUCUUACAUUUGGCCCCAAAUUCAGCGUCUGGCCACGAGGUCCUUGUCACCUAUGCCAGUCUUCAAGCUGCUAUAAUGAUGCGCCUUAGAGCCGCCCGAUUCUCUUUUCCAUCUUUGCCGGAUCCUAACUUGUGCGAUGAGAUAAUGUCGCCCAUCGCAAUCGGAAAGUCUCUGUUAGACUCUUCCGAAGAUAGUGUAUUAACAGACGAUGAGGACAGCAAUAUAUCAACGGGUGUAGUCGGUAUUUCGAAUGGUAAUGUGAAAGCCAUGAUUCAGCCCAACUCUUCUAGCAAGUCUGAGACUGUCACGUCCAGUAGCUCGGCUAACUUUAAUUGGCCAACUCGAAAAAACGAUGCUAUAGAUUCUUCGAAGCGAGCAAUUAUAACCGAGCAGUAUUGUAGGCUCUUCAAUAUUUCUCUCGUCAGCGAUUGGAACAUGAGCCUACCACCAAAAUGCAGCACUUUUUGCAAUGCUCAUCCUCCACAUAUACAGCAACCCACAUCUCUUCUUUUUUUAGACUCUCUAGGCAACUUUUACGGUCACACUGAUCUAUUAUUUAUUACGGUCCUGGGUAGUAGUAACUUCUAA